GAUAAAAGGAAACAGACGAGUUAUCCAUGCAAUUGGGAUGAUGAUGAAACAAGAUGUGGUGGCUGAAGCGGCGAAGACGACGAGAUCUGGUUUUGAAUCAGUGAGAAAGGGAAAAGAAGAAGAAAUGGAAAAAGGGAAGGAAACUAAGCCUCUGUUUGGCUGUUUGGUGGAAACAAGAGUUCUUCAGAAGAAUCAGAAGGAAGUUAUGGAAUCAGCAAUACCAAGUUGGCAAUCUAUGCAGAAUUAUGACUAUCAUAGGUGUGGGCGUAUCUGGUUUUGCUGGUCAGGAGAAGAGGUGUCGCCACCACUUUAUCACUGUCGAGCUGCCCUCUAUAAGUUCUAUAAGCAGCUAAAGCUACUCAAAUACGGUCUUCAGGCACUUAACAAGACGCACUAUGGGGAUAUACCGAUUCAAACAAAAGCGGCAUAUGAGGUGCUAUGCAUUAGCCAAAACCAGGUGCUACUGAACCCAACUGCGGACACAAUGCUCGCAGUCUCAAGGGCAUCUGAUCGUUGGCAUCAUCUGGCAUAUGUAGAAGAGAGGUUCUUUCAGCAGAAGUCUUGUGUAAAAUGGUUAACAGUGGGGGACCAUAAUACAAUAGCCUUACAUCAGGUAGCAGCAGGUAGAGUGGCUCGAAACUCAAUCAAAACUUUGGAAAGAGAAGAAGGAGUAGUGUUUACCAAUAUGACGGAUGUAAAGCGAGAAGCAGCAUCGCAUUUCCAAAUAUUCCUCCAAAGUCAGCCUUUGAACACAUCAGAUAUCUCUAUGGACCUCCUCAGGGACCUCCUUCGAUAUCGAUGUUCAGAUAUGGGAUGUUUGAUGGACCUAACAGGGGAGGGAGGUACUCGGAUAUUUGAGGCUACUGCUGCUGAAGCAGCAACUGAUUCUAGUUGGAGGAUUAGGAGGCUUAGAAGUCGGCACUACUCGAAACUAACAAAUAAGAUACUAGCUCAACAUAUCCCUUGUUCGAAUGCAGGUUCUGAUAUCGUGUUAUGGUGGAAUGAUGAAGGGAUAUCUUCAAGCACUUGGCAACAAAUCCGUCCCCGCGAGAAUGAGGUCUCUUGGCAUAGGGUUGUGCCUAGACAAUCUUUCAUCACUUUGUUAUCAGUACGAAACAGACUACGUACAAGGGAUCACAUGAGAGCACUGGGGAUGACACAAAGUUGUGUCUUCUGCGGCGAGCUGGAUGAGACCAGAAACCACUUGGUCCAUGCAUGCCCUUAUACCUUCACAGUGUGGUUGACAUUAGCAAGGAAGAUACUCGAAAGUGCAGCAUCGCCAGAUUGGGAUGAUACAUUGAGCCAUCUAACUCAGGUUAACCAUGGAUUCCUUGAUACUAUUCUACUAAAGAUGCGGAAUGCCCGAAUUCAUGGAGCCAGGUACAACACGCACCAACAGAUGGCCCGAAUGAUAGACAAAGCUAUUCCAACGGAUAUCCUCCUUAAAGUACACUUUCCCGCA